CCUCGCGGCCCCUCCCAGCCCUCCACAAAGAUGGCGGCCGCGCUCCGGCGGGCGAAGCUGAGGGGAGCGCUGGGGCUGCGGGGCGGAGGCGGCGGUGCCGGAGCCAGCGCCAGCGGCGGAGGCCAGUGACAGGUGAUCUUGUGAAUUUGUGUACCGUCGAUGAUGGCAGAGCACCCACCGUUACUGGAUACCAGUUCGAUUAUAAGUAGUGAAAUCCCUCUUCUAACUUCCCCUAUUGUUAGCGGGGAUGGAGCACAACAGGUUAUUCUUGUGCAAGUUAAUCCAGGGGAAGCUUUUACAAUAAGAAGAGAAGAUGGACAGUUUCAGUGCAUUACAGGUCCUGCUCAGGUUCCAAUGAUGUCCCCAAAUGGUUCAGUGCCUACUAUUUAUGUGCCUCCUGGAUAUGCCCCACAGGUUAUUGAGGAUAACGGUGUUCGAAGGGUUGUGGUGGUUCCCCAGGCUCCAGAAUUUCAUCCUGGUGGUCACGCAGUGAUACACAGGCCUCCUCAUCCUCCACUGCCUGGCUUCCUUCCUCUCCCAGCCAUGAUCCCUCCUCCACCACGUCAUAUCUACUCACCAGUGACCGGGGCCGGUGACAUGGCGACGCAGUACAUUCCACAGUAUCACACGUCCCAAAUGUAUGGGGAUCUGGAUACCCUGCCUGCACAUGGAAGAGCCAACUUUAGAGAUGAAAGGUCUAGUAAAACAUAUGAAAGGUUACAAAAAAAAUUAAAAGACCGGCAUGGAACUCAGAAGGAUAAAUUAAAUAGUCCUCCAUCAUCUCCUCAGAAAUGUCCUUCUCCUACAAGUGAACCUAAUGGACUUACAAAAGGACAGGACACAGCUGGUAUAAGCACAGGUUCUACCAAAAGCAAGUCAGUGGGUAAAGGAAAAAGCAAUUCUCAGACAGACAUAGAAGUAGAAGAAAAGAAUGAAGAAACAAAAGCACUUGAAGCACUUCUUUCUAAUAUAGCCAAGCCAGUGGUGUCAGACAUUCAGGCAAGAACAGCACUGCUUAUGUGGUCACCUCCAUCCAUUGAUGUCGGAGAAGACACUGACAAGAGUAACAUACCAGGGGUUUAUACUUACGAAGUGAUGAUUUCAAAUACCGGGAAAGAUGGAAAAUACAAAACUGUAUAUAUUGGAGAAGAAAAUAAAGUUACUGUAAGUGAUCUCAGGCCAGCAACCGAUUACCAUGCAAAGGUCCAAGUGGAAUGCAAUUGUAUAAAGGGGAGUCCUUCAGAAGCAGAGAGUUUUACCACAAUGAGUUGUGAACCUGACGCUCCAAAUCUGCCCAGGAUAACUAAUCGGACCAAAAAUUCUCUUACUUUGCAGUGGAAGGCAUCUUGUGAUAAUGGUUCUAAAAUCCACAGUUACCUUUUAGAAUGGGAUGAAGGAAAAGGAAAUGGAGAGUUUUGCCAGUGUUAUUAUGGCCAACAGAAGCAGUAUAGGAUUACUAAACUAUCACCAGCAAUGGGGUACACCUUUAGACUAGCAGCCAAAAAUGACAUGGGGAUGAGUGGUUUUAGUGAAGAAGUCCUGUAUCAUACCUCAGGCACUGCCCCAACUACACCAGCAAGUCCUUUGCUGAUUAAUGCUGGAGUUACUUGGUUAUCCCUACAGUGGACAAAACCCUCAGGAACACCGUCAGAUGAAGGAAUUUCAUAUAUACUAGAGAUGGAGGACGAGAACUCAGGAUAUGGUUUCAAGCCAAAAUACGAUGGCGACGAUCUUACCUACACAGUGAAGAAUUUGAGGCGUAGUACGAAAUACAAGUUUAGGGUCAUUGCCUAUAAUUCAGAAGGGAAAAGCAGUCCAAGUGAGACAGUAGACUAUACUACUUGCCCAGACAAACCUGGAGCACCUUCAAAACCCUCAGUGAAGGGAAAAAUCCACGCACAAAGUUUUAAAAUAAUCUGGGAUCCGCCAAAAGACACUGGAGGAGCAGCAAUAAAUACAUACGUUGUGGAAAUCUCUGAGGGCUCUAAUGGAAACAAGUGGGACACAAUAUACAGUGGAGCUGCAAGGGAGCAUUUGUGUGAUCGAUUAAACCCUGGUUGUUCCUAUCGCUUACGUGUGUAUUGCAUUGGGGAAGGAGGGCAGAGCAUGGCAUCUGAUUCUUUACUGGUGCAGACACCAGCAGUGGUUCCUGGUCCAUGCCAACCUCCUCGGCUGCAGGGUAGACCAAGAGCAAGAGAAAUUCAGCUGCGCUGGGGACCACCUCAGGUAGAUGGCGGCUCACCCAUUAGCUGCUAUGGUCUGGAAAUGUUUCAGACGGAAACUGAUGAACACAGAGAGGUUUACCAAGGCUCUGAUGUUGAAUGCACGGUAGGCAGCCUUCUUCCAGGGAGGAUGUACAACUUCAGACUGCGAGCAGCUAACAAGGCUGGGUUUGGACCUUACUCGGAAAAAUGUGAAAUUACUACAGCACCUGGACCACCAGAUCAGUGCAGGCCCCCCCAGGUGACGUGCAGAUCUGCCGCGUGUGCCCAGGUGUCCUGGGAGGUUCCAGGGAGUAAUGGAGCUGAUGUCACAGAAUACCGACUGGAAUGGGGUGGUAUGGAAGGAUGCAUGCAGAUCUCUUAUUGUGGGCCUGGCCUCAACUGUGAAAUGAAAGGACUUUUGCCUGCUACUAUAUACUAUUGCAGGGUUCAGGCAGUGAACGUUGCGGGUGCAGGCCCUUUCAGUGAAGUAGUGGCAUGCAUGACUCCAGCCUCUGUGCCUGCAGUUGUGACUUGUCUUCGGGGACUAAGUGAAGAUGAAGUGGAAAGUCCACACUAUUAUCCUUCCACAUGCCUUGCUUUAAGUUGGGAAAAACCUUGUGACCAUGGGUCUGAGAUCAUUGGUUACAGCAUAGACUUUGGAGAUAAGCAGCCAAUAACUGUUGGGAAGGUUCUGAGCUAUUUUAUAGAUGGCUUACAGCCAGAUACAACCUACAGAAUCCGAAUUCAAGCCCUUAACAGCCUUGGAGCAGGACCUUUCAGCCACACCAUAAAACUGAAAACAAAGCCUCUCCCCCCGGAUCCUCCUCGCCUGGAGUGUGUUGCAUACAGUUCUCAGACUCUCAAGCUGAAGUGGGGAGAGGGAACUGCAAAAGCGUUAACUGACUCCAUUCUGUACCACCUUCAAAUGGAGGAUAAGAAUGGAAGGUUUGUAUCCUUGUACAGAGGACCAUGUCAUACAUACAAAGUACAAAGACUCAGUGAGUCAACAUCAUACAAAUUUUGUAUUCAGGCAUGUAAUGAAGCUGGUGAAGGUCCCCUUUCGCAAGAAUAUAUUUUCACUACUCCCAAAUCUGUUCCAGCUGCCUUGAAAGCACCAAGGAUAGAGAGAAUGAACGAUCACACCUGUGAAAUCACGUGGGAGGCUCUGCAGCCCAUGAAGGGCGAUCCGGUUAUUUACUGCCUUCAGGUCAUGGUGGGAAAAGACUCUGAAUUCAAACAGAUUUAUAAGGGUCCGGACUGCUCGUUCCGAUACACAGGCCUCCAGCUGAACUGUGAAUAUCGUUUUCGUGCGUGUGCCAUUCGCCAGUGCCAAGAGACAUCGGGACACCAGGACCUGAUAGGCCCCUACAGCUCACCAGUGCUAUUCAUCUCUCAGAGGACUGAACCACCGACGAGCACCAACAAGGACACUGUGCAAACCACAAGGACACAAUGGUCACAGAGCGACCAAGUGUGUGCUGCUGUCAUUCUUGCACUUUUUGCUAUCUUUUCCAUUCUGAUUGCUGUUAUCAUUCAGUACUUUGUAAUAAAGUGAAGAAAACAGAUUUAUUUUAGAAUGCUGCCCAUUACAUUUUACUUUCUCAUAAUCUAAAAAAAAAUUCUGUUCUCUUGCUUUUACAAAAACAGGCAUUUAGCACCGGCAUUGGGACUGAUGCAAACCCUUUCAGCCACUUUAAAAUGCUUACUGGUAGGUGUAGGCUGACACACGUUAUUAGAAUGCAAGCCACAGAAAUACAAUCUUUUGUUUAAUAUGCCUUCUUGCAGUACAAACUUCAUAUGGGGCAAGCAGUGCUUAACAUGAAGGGUUUGACCAGUAAACACGAGUGUAGAAAUGGUUUCCUGGCCCACACUUUUAAGGGUUACUACCGUAACAGGGAAGAAUGUGUAGAACGCAUUUAAAACUUACUCUUAACAAACUUGUGCUGUAUACAAUAUUAAUCUGAUGCUGUGAAAGCAAUUUAGCGCUGUAUUUCUACCUCCUCAUUUGUCUUAAAUAUUUGGAAGGCAGGAUACAUGAUGCAAAAUGGAAGGGGCUUUUCUCAGGCAGCAAAUAAUAAACUGGAUGGAAGAGUGUGCACGAAGGAAGCUUCUUACCCGAUAAAUGUGGAGUUCUUCACUGCAAGUAGAUGUCUUGGGAAGACUGCGAGGGGAUGGCACAAGUGGUUUAUCUUCCCCCCAGGAUUUGAUGUGUACUCAUCAAAAUGCCUCUUCUUACGAAUCCAGAAGGGAGAGCGAGAGAGGACUUUUUAGAUUUGUUACUCAAAUUGAAAACUCGUUCUGAAGUUGACCUUUUGAUGGGAUGCAGUUUAUACAGGUGUCUGUGCCCUCCGGUUUGGCCAGUUUGUAGAUUUUUUGAGACAAAAUUCAUUUCUGAAUCUUUGCUGUUACCCCGCCACUCACUUGCCAUACCCACUUUCGUUUGCUUUUUCUUUUCUUUCUUCCUUUGGGGCACCAAAUCAGAAGACGAAGUGUAGUAAUUUGCACCAGAAAACUUAAAGCUGCUUUUUUCUCGAGAUCCUAAUGUUUAAUGUAAUGUCUCUUUUUGGAUACUGUACCAAAUCGUUAACUGCAUGUAGUUAAUGUCGCAUUAGAGCACUUUGCAAUUGCAUAACUCAUCAAUGUUUUGUGAGCUUGCGUUCGUGAGUUCUUGGAUGAGCAGACUGAAUUCCAUCAAGUAUCCCAUGGAACAUCUCGCUGGAUGUCGAUGAUUGCCAGUGACACAGAGCUUGUAGUGAACUAUCUUUGAAAACUCUUGUCUCAUCACACUUACGUUCUUUGUUAUACACUUUGUAAUUAGCUACUUUUAAUUUAUUUGAGUUACAAGAUAGUGGAUCAUUAAUGACUCCUAGUUGCGUUCAGUUUAGCAUUUUUAAUGGUAUUAAACACUUCUGUCAGUCUUAAUGAUAAUAAAAGAGGAACCUCUGUCUCGUGCUUUGAAGAUCUCUGAAGACUUUCUCGUACCUUAGAGCGGGCAUGUAUCGUACUUGGUUAUACGUCCAAUGAGCUGUGCUGUACAAAACUGUUGCUGAGUUUCGUUUUUUGGUUUUUGUUCUUUGGAAAAAAAAGCAAUGGCGAAGAGCCUGGCCUCCAAGUGAGCGGAAUGGUCUGUCUUUGAGAUGUACUGUAUGUUUACAUUUGAUUUCCAACCUGUCAUUUUGACGUCCAGGCCGAUUCCUCCCCCGACCACAGUGACAACAGGUGUUUUCUAGAGCCCUCCCCCCGGUGCCACGUUUGGCAGCACGCACGCGGUUGAGUGGAACAGCCCAGAGAUUUCUUACAGUCGAAUGUCUCAAAUGGUAAAGAUUUGUUACUACAGUGAAGCUGCAGUGACUUCUGUUUUUCAUAGUCAAAUCCAAAUGAGCUCCUAUUUUUGAUAGUCAUUUAAUAGCGUAUUUGCCAUUUGAGCCUCAGUGCGUAUGACUGCAUUGAAGACAGUUUUUAAUGUAAUCUUAAUUUUACCUCAUAUUCUGUACAUUCCAAAAAGAAAAAAAAGAAAAAAAAAAAAAAACUUUUUAAAACGUUAUAGUUACACUACCAAACAUAUCACUUUGCAACUGUACGACGUCGGACUUCAUGAAGAUGAAACCUGUAUAGUCUCAUAGAAAAUGCAUAAACGAUGUAGCAAAGUAUCUUUAAACUCUGUGGGAAAUAAAAGCAUCCUUCUUUUUC